UGAGAGAGAGAGGGAGAGAGAAAUUGGUCCAGCAUCUCCGGAGCGGCGGAGCGGAGCGGAUACAGAGACGCGCAGUCCUCAUCAGCAAAAUGAGGAGGAAUUAACGCGCCGACUGUCUCCCGUGUGUUUCCCACCGCGAUGCACGCCGUGGAUGUUUAAAGCCUCCUCGCCUGCUGUAGACCAGCGCGGACAUCUGACUUUAUCCCAUCAAUGAGAUAUGUGGAGUGGCUCUACCGCUCGGUGGUAACGCAGAAAAACACAAGAUGAAGAAGCAGUUCAACCGAAUGAGACAGCUCGCCAACCAAACAGUGGGCAGGGCUGAAAAAACAGAAGUGCUGAGUGAAGAUCUGCUGCAGGUGGAGAAACGUCUGGAGCUGGUGAAGCAGGUUUCCCACAGCACACACAAGAAGCUCACUGCCUGUCUGCAGGGCCAGCAGGGUGUGGACGUGGACAAGAAGUCUGUCAGGUCGCCCUCGAAAAAGCUUCCGCUUGCAACACUAGCACAAUGUAUGGUGGAGGGGGCAGCUGUGCUCGGGGACGAGUCUCUGCUAGGAAAGAUGCUGAAGCUCUGCGGCGACACGCAGGAAAAGCUCGCUCAGGAGCUCAUCUUGUUCGAGCUCACCAUCGAGAGGGACGUGACCGAACCCUUGUACGAGCUCGCAGAGGUGGAAAUCCCAAAUAUCCAGAAACAAAGGAAACAUUUAGCGAAGCUGGUCCUGGACAUGGAUUCUGCACGCACACGGUACUCUCAGUCUACCAAGUCUUCGGGACUGUCCAGCAACCUGCAGCCAACAGGAGCCAAGGCCGACCACCUCAGGGAAGAGAUGGAGGAGGCAGCCAACCGCAUGGAGAUCUGUCGAGAUCAGUUAUCAGCAGACAUGUACAGUUUUGUGGCCAAAGAAAUUGACUAUGCAAGCUACUUCCAGACACUGAUAGAAGUCCAGGCAGAGUACCACAGGAAGUCAUUAGAGCUGCUUCAGAGUGUUCUGCCUCAGAUCAAAGCUCAUCAGGAGACCUGGGUGGAGAAACCGUGUUACGGGAAGCCAUUAGAGGAGCACUUAGCGCUCAGCGGGAGAGAUAUUGCCUUUCCCAUCGAGGCCUGUGUGACCAUGCUGCUGGAGUGUGGCAUGCAGGAGGAGGGUUUGUUCAGAAUCGCUCCCUCGGCCUCCAAACUCAAAAAGCUGAAGGCGUCUCUGGACUGCGGGGUUUUAGACGUUCAAGAAUACUCCGCAGACCCACACGCCAUCGCAGGUGCUUUGAAGUCCUACCUGCGCGAGCUCCCUGAACCAUUAAUGACCUUUGAACUCUACAAUGACUGGAUCCAAGCCUCAAACAUUCAAGAUGAAGACAAGCGCCUGCAGGCUCUGUUCAAUGCGUGUGAGAAACUCCCUUCAGCCAACAACACCAACUUUAAGUAUUUAAUCAAAUUCCUCUCCAAACUGACUGACUAUCAGGAUGUGAACAAGAUGACACCUGGAAACAUUGCUAUUGUCCUCGGACCCAACCUGCUGUGGACUCAGAAUGAGGGGAACAUUACGGAGAUGAUGACGACAGUUUCCCUACAGAUCGUCGGCAUCAUCGAGCCCAUCAUCCAGCACGCCGACUGGUUCUUCCCAGGAGAGAUCGAGUUCAAUGUCACAGGAAACUACGGCAGCCCUGUCCACACCAACCACAACGCCAACUACAGCUCGAUGCCGUCUCCAGAUAUGGAUCAGAUGGAUCGCAAGCAGAACGACCAGAGCCGACGGCCGCUCAGCGUUGCCACAGACAACAUGAUGCUGGAGUUUUAUAAGAAGGACGGUACUCUGAAGAACAAGGAGCUGUCUCCAGUGAUUGGACAGAAGGGACUCCAGGGAGCAGUGACCUCUAGUGGACAGUCACAGCUCUCUGACCACAGUCCGCACACCUUGAGGAGAGCAAAGAAGCUGGCUCCGAUCCCGCCUAAAGGCCCUUACUGCCCAACGGGAGCCAUGUCCGACCAGUCCACAGGUCAGCCGUCUCCAGUCAGCCUGUCCCCCACUCCUCCCAGCACCCCCUCCCCAUAUGGCUUCAGCUACCCGCAAGGAUACGCCACCAUCGGCUCCCCGGGUCAGGUGCAGACAGUCACCACCCCGUCUCUGUCUUCUCCGCCCUCAUUGGCUGGGACUCUCACCAAAGCCAGACCGACCCCCAAGCCGCCCCGGCAGAGACCCAGCCUGCCUCCUCCUCAGCCUCCAUCCACACCUGGCACUAGUCCCCAGUCUCUGGAGCACUCGUCAGGGCUCCUGGAUGGUCUUUCUCCUGGGGAAAGCAUGUCCACUGAUUCCCUCUGCAACUUGGACAUCCCCGUCAUUAACAUGGAACUGGACAGUAUUUUUGACUUGACCCACAUCUCCCCCUUCAGGAACUCAGUGGCACAGCUGGAAUCAGCCAACAGCAAAGAGGACUCUGAGGAAGAGUCUGAGAGCACAGUGCUAUGACGCCACCGAGUUCCCCCACCCUCUCCGUCAAGCUACUGCUGCGCCGUCUCGAUCAUUCAUUGACCUUUCACCUCUCCAGCUGCAUUAACUUCGGCCUCAGCGGCCACCUCUGGACCUCCUCAUCACGCCUCACCUGUGCUCAAUCCAGAGGGGCCAGCGUGUACAAAAGAAAAAAGCACUUCUAUACAGUAAAAUAAAAAAAUCUGGUGAACACACAUACACACGGUUUUGGCGACAGUGUUGUCAGGGGAAGAUUUGACAUUUUGCAUUGGCUGGAUGUUUGUUUUUUUUAAUUUAACUUAAUGUUUUCUUUUUCUUUUUGCCUUAUUUGAUUCACUUGCAAUAUUGCCUUUAACCUCACUCACACGAGACUGGAAACAGGCUGCUGGGAGGAUGAGUGCUCUUUGCUGCUGCUGCUUUUCAUGAGUGAAUUUCAGAACAAACUAACACAGUGCUGUACAUCUGUCCUGUUAACUUCCUUCUCUCACCAUUCAUCUCCUCUUGGCUUGAAACGCCUCUGGCCCCGAAUUUCAGUCCCACUUGAGCGUUCACUGUGAGUGUGCCAGUGUGUCGUUUUGGAAAGCGCGCGUGUGUUUUGCUAGUGUGUGUGACGUGUUAAGUGAAGUGGUAAUUGUAUUAUAUGAUGUUGCACUGUCGGUGUCGUGGAGCAAAAACAGGAAUGAAUGUUUUAGAUGUUUAGAAGUUAACUAAGCAGGUUGGGAAGCAGUUAAACGCCCAAUCACUCCUUUCUCUUUAUAACAAGGCAUUCAGUCAGGAUAUCAGUCACUGGAUAUUUAUUGUUUAUACUGUACAUUUUCAGAGUGUAUGAUAUGAUUAACAAUCUAACUCAGAUCAUAUUUUGUAUCCACGGGAGAGCUAUAUAGUUGAUGCUGUCAGGGAGCUAUAAAGUAUAUGAGAUACAUGCUGUAGUUUAUGAAACGUCCAGCAGUAUGAAAAAUGAAAAACUCAAUUGUGUUUACUCAGAAAUAUUUUUUGGCAGGGCGCAAAGCCGCAUGAGAUCUUUCAUUUCUCUUUGUCGAGUUAGGCAUCAUUUCAGUUUCAAGGAUGUACAAGUUUGUAACUAUGAAGCCUGGAGUGCAUAACCACAUCGUUUAUUUUUUUAAAAUUAAAUAAAUUUCAUCUACAGAGCAGUAGCGGAGGCUCUGAAUGGCCAGCUCUGUGGGUGGGGUGCCCUGUGGGGUUUUCUUAUGUGUUUCCUAUGUCACGAGACAUUAGACAGAAACCUAUUAAAUAUUAAACAUUUUGCAUCUCUUUGCUGUUCCCACUAACCGUUGGUCAGAGCAUUAGCUUGAUAGUGAUACGAUGCUUGUCCUCAAAACACUCUAUGCUAAAUAAUUUGGCAAACCUAAUUAUUUUAUAUUGUAUCACUUUUGGACCUGCUAUCCACCCAUCCAUUAUUUUUCUGCUGCCUACUUGGGUUCAGGCCAUGGUAGGCAGAGAUGCCCAGACCUCCCACCUUCCAGGUGUUCUGGUGGGAAACCGAGGAAUUCUGAAGCCACCCGAGAGCUCAAAUCUGAAAAGCGUCUCCAAGGUCGCCUCCCAGUAAGACAUGCCCACAACACUUCACUUAGUAGGCAUCAUAAUCAAACCACCUGAGCUGGCGGGUCUACUCUGAACUCCUCCUAAAUGGAUAACCUCCUCAUCCUGACUCUGUAGAUUAAGGUCCCAGUCGCACAGGCCUAAAGACCUGUCAGUGAUCCCAUGGUACCCACCGGUCACUAAGGAAAAUUUGUAUUCCCCAACUGGUUGCCAGAUGGUUGCUAGAAAUUGUUGGCAGUCUCUAUGUGAAAUUGGUCAGAAAGAGGUAUACGGUAAUGCACCAAAAACCCCCUUGUGAUUGCUUUGGAUGUUUGCAGAUUGCCACGGUUGCUGAGCAGUAAUGAAACUGUGGAAAGUGGGAUGCAAAGUGGAAAUGGAGAUCAUUCGCCUGCAACGGUUGAAGCAAAAAAUUUAAUGUUUUGAAAGGAGUUGGUUGCAGUUGUAAGGGACGACUUUUACUUUGAUGGUGAACGGUCUCCGUUUCCUUUUCACGCAGGAAGUAGCAUGUGCUUCACUGCGCUCUGAAAUCCAUUCUUUUCUGUUGCUCUUGGUGCAGCACCAUAUUUGAGAUCAAUUUCACCCGGCGACAGUCACUCGCCUCCAAUGAUUCGGCUAAUACAACUUUUUCCUUAGCGACCAGCGGUUGCUAGGCAUUCAUAUCUAGGCCUGUGUGAUUACCUUACACCCUUAGCAAGCAAUAUCAUUCACUUCAGCUGUUUUUCUUUAUAUUUUUUGUCUUUUUAGCUAUUUUUAGCUCAGUUUUUGGUCUCCACCACUUCAUGAGAGAGACAUAUCUGGCUCUUUAGGUGCCAAACACUCCAUUAAAUGCAUCGACCAGCUGCUAACUUUGUGUGUUUGCUGUUAGCUUAGCAGAUGUUGUUUGAAACAACACUGAUGAAACCAGUAAGACUGACACAGAAUGCAAACAACAGGUGGAAAUAUGCUAAAAAACAAAGAUUUGAGAGAUUAUAGAAUGUGCAGUGCCACACUCCAGGAUUCAUAUAGUGCAAACUUGUAUUGACAUAUUGAACCAUUCUUGGGAAAGCAUUCUCAGAGCAACAGCCCUGACACAUUUUAACAUCCUAUCAUAUCGUAGCAAAGCCAGAAAACAGUCUACAGACACUCUCAGAAAAAAGGUGCUUGGUCUCUUAUAAAUAAGCACAGUUUUUCUGUCAUUUUCAGCCACAUUCACAUUACAGUUUAUAUGAACCCUGCCUGAUGAUGCUGAUAUUUUUGGUCUAUCUUAGUGAAACAGAGGCAAGUGCAAAGAUAUGUGUGUAUAUGUGUUUAUUUUGAUGAGAGUAUUUAUACAGAGAUAUUUCUGAAUACUUUUUACUAGGUAUGAGGAGCUGUGGUCGUUUCCGCUGCACAUGAAUCUGAGGAAUUUCUUUUUAAAGUAUUCAAACGUGGGACCAGAAUUGCUCUGCUGCCGCAUCAAAACCUUUUCAGGAAUCGCAGGUUCAGUUUAAGAGGAAACUUGAAAAUCAGUUAAACUGGAGUAACAAGGUUUGUGUACGACAGCAGUAGUUUGCUAUUUGCCUUGCGGUGGGUUUUUGUUGUGACCUAUCCAGAUUUAUAUGACUUUCCUUUUGUCCUGAGAACAUCCACUACACAUGGCCUCAAAGUCACUGUGCUGCUCUACCUGUGUCUUUCUUUAAAGCGCGAUAUCACUCACAGGACUUGUAAAUACCGAAGCCUCUAUACAGUUUGUUCUGUAUAUACUGAAGGGAGAAAUUCAUAUAUAUAUAAAUACAUAGAUAUAUACAAAUACUGUAUUGAAAAGGAUAAAUGAUGACGAACAUCCAUACUGUAUAAUAUUAUAAUGUUGCUGGAACUAUGAAGUAAACUUCGCACAGAAGCCUAACAUGGUACAGCAGACUGAAAGGUCAAAUCUAGUGCUUGUUUUGCAGUUUCUGACCUCAGAAUGAACCUCUUGAACUUUUAGACUUGAUUUUAGACAAGAAAAAAACAGCAACACAUCACUGCAGCUACGUGAAAAUUCAAGACGGCUCGUGCAGCUUUGAGCACAUUUCCUGACAUAUUUGAGAUUCAUGGAAAUGUGAUUGUGCGUUCUUUAAAAAUAAAAAUAAGUGUCUGUGGGUUGCUGCCGUUGCAGUGACGCAUCGAUCACAGUUUGAAAGGUUUAAACAGACUCUGCAUGAAAACUGCUGCAUUACUGUCUUUUAGACAGCAGAACCAGACAGCAAUGCAACACAGGUUAUAUAUUUAAGAAAAAACAGAUGUUAAACAACGGUUUGCAUAGAACAGAUUUUUUACAAGCAGAAAAUUUUAAAUUGGUGCAAAAAAGAAAUACUGGAGGUCAUCCAAACCAUCAAGAUGCUUCUUUUAUCUGACUAAAGCUUAAUUUAUAGUGCUGCAUUAACCUGUAGAGACCCUGUAUCCUCUAUGGCAUAGCCUGGCAUCCACCUUGCUGCUGUGGAAACGCAGCCUGCAGUGGCAGUAAUACGCUCAAAACUGUAUAUUGAUUAUUACAAGGAUAAUGCCUCUGUGAACCAACGUGUAAUAGGCUCUAGUUGUAUUUAGUGUGCUCACAAUGCUAAUUCAUUACCCAGUGUUAAUGUAACACUGAAAAACAACUCCUUUUGACAGUUAAUAGAAUUGAAUAUUGGGGAAAUGACUCCAUUCAUGUUUAUUUUUUUAUAUUACAACUGUAAUUCCAACAAGGACAUUUUAAACAGUUGGUUUUUACACACCCAGUAGCUGCGGAGCCACAUUGCCAUUCAGCUGGGCAGGUGUUUCUGGCUCCUUUUUAUCUAUUUGCUCUCUGUUUACCUGUGUUUUCGCUUUCCACCACCUCCUCAGAGAAAUGUCUGGCUGUCAAGAUGCUAAAUGCUCCACUGUGAUCUCAUAGUGACUGGUUCUGAGAUCUAGUUUGAACCAACGCUGAUGAGAGCAGUAAGAUUAAACAACGCUGGGUCUGAUUUAC